UUUCAAUUCCGUCUUCAUCAUUUAUUGCUAUUUGGGGGGAUUCCCCUGCUUCAGUUCCCCACCGGGUUCUCUGAUUUUCUGCACUCUUUCUCUGUUUCGCGGUGGGUGUUCUGUGGUGUGUGUGGGGGUGGGUGGGUGUUUCUGCGUGGAGUGGAGCUUUGGAUCUCUUAAAUGUUUUGCUCAUUCCAUGCUCAGAUCUUAUUUGUGCUUCUCCAGAAAUUGAGGUAUUCCAUUUUUGCCUUGCUAUCGUCCCAGACCUCCUUCGUCCAACAUCUCUGAACAUUUUGCCAAGAGGGGGUCCAAUUGCGGCUUAAAAAGCUGCGGGCUUCACUAUAUUGGCAUCUUGGUCACUGAUUCAGGUACCUCCUUUUUUUUGUCCUUUCAUUUGAUAUCAUCCUUCUUCAGCUUUAUUAGGGUUUGGGACUUCAUUUUACAAUAAAAAAACGUCGUGUUUUGGUCAAGCAAACCUGUUAGCAAUCUGUUUUGCCAUCUUGGUGCGUUUCAGAAGGAGAUGAGUCGUAUGACAAAUGAAGGCAAAGAUUCUGUUCUCCCCAAGGAUCAGAUAGAAUCUCCAUUGACCGAAGAAGAAAAUUCUGCUAGAAAUGUAAACGGACAAACGAAUCUCAAGAAAGGUCCGUGGACAGCUGCUGAAGACGCAAUCUUGAUGGAGUAUGUGAAGAAGCACGGGGAAGGAAACUGGAAUGCUGUUCAGAAGCAUUCUGGUCUUUCUCGUUGUGGGAAAAGCUGUAGGUUGAGAUGGGCCAACCACCUCAGGCCAAACUUGAAGAAAGGAGCAUUUACCCAGGAAGAAGAGCAGAUAAUUAUCGAGCUUCAUUCCAAAAUGGGGAACAAGUGGGCUCGCAUGGCUGCUCAUUUGCCUGGACGUACGGACAAUGAAAUAAAGAAUUACUGGAACACCAGAAUCAAGAGACGUCAAAGGGCUGGUUUACCUCUUUACCCCCCUGAAGUCUCCUCUCGUGCUUAUCGGGAUGGUCACCGGAGCUUCAAAAUAGGUGGGGCGGAUUGCAGAUCUAAAGGGCAUCACGACCACCUCUUCCGCAACUGCUAUGAGAUCCCUGAGAUCCCUGAUGUCACAUUUGACAGAUUGAAACCCAGUCAGGGGAGGAUAUCUAACUCUGUCCCUGAACUUGCUGAUAUUAUUACUCCAAGUGGCAUGCUGAUGAAAGGGCUGGGGGGCUCGUCUCAAUAUGGUAGCUUCAGUUCUCCAUUAAUACAUCAUGGUCAGAAACGGCUUCGGGAAUCAUCUACUUCUCCUCUAUACAGUGGUAGUGGGAGAAAUGACUUCUCGUUUUCUGAGUCCUUUGGCUUGUCUUUCCCAUUUGAUUCUGAUCCAAACGACAUCAACAAGAAUCAACAACAGCAACCACUUGAUGAUGCUCAGGGUGGCCAUACCCUUUCAUAUGGCAACAAUUUCUCUGCUUCUAAGCCUUCUACUGGGGCUGUGAAGUUGGAGCUCCCUUCACUCCAAUAUAUCGAUUCCGGUAGCUGGGGAAUAAUAUAUUCUCCACCGCCUCUCCUUGAAUCGGUUGAUACUUUUAUCCAAUCUCCACCUACUGCUGGCACUACUGUUGGGUCGAAUAGCCCUUCUCCUCGCAAUAGUGGCCUACUGGAUGCUUUACUUCAUGAGGCCAAAGCUCUAAGUGGUGCUAAGAAUCAUUGUUCUUCCGAGAAGAGUUCGAAUUCCUCAACUGUUACCCCUGAUGAUAUUGCAGACAGUUCAACCCUGAAUGCUUGUGAUGCAGCAGAAUGGGACAACUAUAACGACCCUCUUUCUCCCUUGGGCCAUACUACUGCAACUUCGUUUCUCAGUAAAUGCACUCCAAUCAGUGCCAGUGGCAGUUCAUUAGAUGAACAAAAACCACAUAUAGAGACCGUCACUGGGUGUGAGAUCAAGUCAGAAGCUGCAGAUCGAGCCUUGACCCCAGAAAGAGAAAGGGAAAGGGACACUAUUACAAGCCCUGAUGCUUUACUCACUUCUGACUGGCUUGAACAAGGAUCUGGCAGUGGCUACGGUGGCAAGGAUCAGGUCGUGAUGACCGAUGCAAUAGCAGCUCUCCUGGGUGAUGAUCUGAGCAGUGACUAUAAGCAGAUGGCUGCUGCAGGAACAUCAUCUGCCCCAAGUCAAGGAUGGGUACUUGGCUCUUGUCCGUGGAACAACAUGCCUGCUGUGUGUCAAAUGUCAGAACUUCCUUGAUGAAAGAAAAAUGACUUGUCCCAGCAUCGAACCCUUUUAUUCCACCUUCUGCUGCUUCAUAAAUCUAUCAUGUGUUUCUUUUGGCUUUAGUAUGUUCUGGGUCAAAGCAAGUCAGGACCAAUUGGCUGGUGUUUGUUAUAUGAUCAUUGUGGUCUGUAGUUUGUCUGUGUUAAAUGAUCAUGUGGCGUAGAAUUUUUUUCUUUCCUUUCUGGAUCUUCGAUUUGUUGGGAAUGGAACUAUCAUACGUAUUGAACAUUGUCAUGAACCUUUAACAUGAAUUUCAGUGUAAGUUGAGAAUUUCAAGAUUUGCAUCGCUCAA